AUAACAUGUAUAUCAAAUAUUGUGUAAAGUACUAAAUAUUGUAAUAACUCUGAUAUGAGACACGAUGAGAGUAGUCGGUCUAAUAUACAUCACAUGCAUUGCCAGUACAUUUGUACAUUGUCAAGAGGAAGUAGGAAAAUGUGUGUGCAGGGAAUACAGGUGUGAAGGGUAUGAACACAACGCCGGAAGUUGUGAGAUGCGGUUUUUUCACUCAGGUUAUGGAAGUAGCUGCUGCAAACCCUACUGCACGUGCAGGGAAUCUUGCAACCCAGGAGAAAGUAAUGAAGGCCGAAAUGGAAUACCGUCUUACCGAUGGGGAAUUGCAAAUUCUGGAACGAAAGAUGAAGCUGGCAGCUGUCCUAUUAAUCAAACAUUUUGUUGUCCUACUUGUUUAUGUCGUAGUAAAUGCAAGGUCGCAGAAGUAAACAUCGCAAAAGCCAGUUGUGGUUCAAACGAUGUACUGUGCUGCACAAAUCAAACCAGAAAUUGGAGGUGCGAUGAUGGUGAAAUUUUCCUCGGCAAAUCGUAUAAUAAACGAUAUUGUGGGCGUUGUUCAUGUCGUAAAACAUGUUCAACGGGAGAGAUACAACAAUCAAAGAAUAAAUGUCAGAAAAAUCAUGAACUCUGCUGCAAAACUUGCACUUGUAAGUCAACCUGUACCGGAAAUGAGACAGUUAUGAAUCAUGGUAAGUGUGCAGCCAGUAAGAAGAUGUGCUGUGAAGAUUGCAAGUGCAAAACAGGAUGUGACGUAACAGAGCGUGAUCAGGGAAAAGACACCUGUCAAUACGGCUUAACACGUUGCUGCUACCCAUAAUUCCAAGUUACUCUAAACUCUGAUUGCAACGUAUAAAAGGAAAAUUUGAGUUGAACGAGUAUUUACUGCCUUAUGUGACUUUGGUUUUCUAAGAAACUGGUUAAAUGUCAGUUAUCUGACGCUAAAAUAUAGAUUACAUUCUCAAAACUAUUUUCACAAUGCAACAUUUGAAAGAAAUAAUCGGGAGUCCAAUACGUAUGCUUUUUCUAUACCGACACUGACUACUGUCAAACUUAUA